AGUCUCGUCCGCGCGGGUUCUCGCGUGCGUGCAGCACGUUUCCUCUCGCCCACCCCGCCCUUUUUGGUCACUCAGAGGCGCGCAGCGGGCGCACGGCGAUUGGCUCCCUCGGUGGCGGCGCCACAGGACCCGCGAACUGCGUGAGCGGAGUGGGCCCUUAAGGAUCCCGUGGCUCCACAGAUAUGACCUUUGUCUUGUACAACUGACCUCUGUGGGAAGUGCGGACGCACCAGCAGAUGAGCAGCUGACUAUGAGUUCAGAGCAGAACAUGCACGAGUUAGGCAAUGAAGUCACAUCUCAGGACCUUGUAUUACCAGGAAGAAAAUCCAGCAAUUGUCAGGUCCUCCGUCCUUGUCCAGAUGAAGUUCUAUCUGCAACGUGCAGUGUGGAAUGUGGAAAGAAUUAUGAAUCUGUGAUUUAUCAUCAAGUUAUCUCUGACUUAAAUAAAGAGACAUCAGUAGCAUAUCUUCAAAAAGAAUUGGAAAUUCUCAGAGCAAACAAUAAAAAGCUUCAAGAAAAAUUGGCUAAAGAAGAUAAAGAAAAGAGAAAAUUAAAGCUUCAGUUGGACCUCCACGAAAAAGCAGCAGAGGCUGCCAUUGCGGAAAGGACUGCAGCUUUGGUUGAAGAAGUGUAUUUUGCACAGCGAGAACGUGAUGAAGCUAUUAUGUGCAGACUACAGUUAGCCCUUGAGGAGAGAGAUGAAGCCAUUGCACGUAUGAAGCAUAUGGAAAUGUCACUAAAAAUGCUAGAAAAUAUUAACCCUGAAGAAAAUGACAUGACAUUACAGGAAUUACUGAACAGAAUAAACAAUGCAGACACUGGGAUAGCUAUUCAGAAGGAUGGAGCUGUAAUUGUGGAUAGGAUCUACAAGACCAAGGAAUGUAAAAAGAGAAUAACUGCAGAAGAAAUGAGUGCAGUCAUAGAAGAGCGGGAUGCGGCUUUAUCUCAGUGCAAACGGCUGCACCAGGAGCUUCAUCGUCUGAAAGAGCAGAACCAGACUUCAGCAAACAACACGAGACAUCCGACUGCUGAAAACAAUCAGGAACGUGCUCUGAAGGCAAAAUUAUUAUCAAUGCAGCAAGCCAGAGAAACUGCAAUUGAACAGUACAAAAGGCUGGAAGAAGAAAUCCAGACAUUACGAGUUUACUACAGUUUGCACAAAUCAUUAUCUCAAGAAGAAACCUUGAAGGAUCAGUUUAACCACGCCCUUAGUAUCUAUGAAGAUGCCUUAAAAAACCGAGAGAGCGUGGUCUCCAUCACUCAGCAGCAGAAUGAAGAACUGGCCACCCAACUUCAGCAGGCUCUCACUGAGCACGCAGACAUGGAGCUACAGCUUCAGUGUGCCGUGGAGGUCUCCCGAGCAGCCAGUGAAAAGGUUCAGAAGUUAGAAAGGUUGGUGGAUGUCCUGAGGAAGAAGGUUGGAACAGGAACUGUGAGGACCGUGAUCUGACUGAAAGCCACCCAGUCUGGGGGAGCAAUCACAUCUGGUGACCAGGCUGCCUCAUUCAGCACUGUGUAAACACUAAAAGCCUUAACUUAGCAAACAGUUGUUAGAAGUGGGACACUCCAACCACAUUCCAAGCUGAGAUAAAAUCAAAUCACAAAUGUUUAACCACUUUGCUGCUGACUUCAGUUAUUUAUCCAAAUAUAUUAACUACAGGCUUUUACCAGCUAUAACACUGCAGCUUAUUUUGUAGCUGUUUUAUAUUUGUGCCUUCAAUGUAAAUCUUUUAGCCAGUGUACUAUAAAAAGACGUGUGAAGUCCGUCAGGAUCGGAGCCCCGCAUAUGGCCCUUUCUGAAUCAAAGUGCAGCAAAGUAAAUAUUGUCCAAGCCUUAAUCCACUGUGUUAGGUCAAAACUUCAAAUAAAUGCGUUUUCAGUAUAGAGUAUAUUUCUUAGCUGAUGGGAGACGCUCAGACAUGAGAGAAUGUAGGCUACCUUCAAUGUAUGUAUGAAGCUAUUGUUCUUGAUAUUGAAGAAUAUGGUAUAGAUGCCUUGAAUUAAAUGUAUAAUUUACUUUAAUCGUACAAUAAAUGGCAGUCACCAAGACAUGAUUUUUGUUUCACUAUAAAUAAUAUACACUGUUUUCAAUAAAAAGGGCUAUUAAAGUACACUUACACAUAAAUAUUGUUGGUAUUUUUUAACGUUGAGUCUAGGUAACUAUCUAAGCAUCAUUUAAGCUGUAGAAAGAGCCAAGGUUCUGCUCAUAAUCUGGGACGCUUUGGGCUUGGAAGCUAGCAUGAGCCAGUGAGCAUGUCUCUAUCCUAAACGGCAAGAAUACACCAAACCUGUUAGCAUUCUUAUUAUGUUUUAGAUUACUAUUUUUGCUGUGGUAGAAGGGAAUCUAAUAUAAAAUAUACAAAAAAUUCCAAAUAUGAGGACUUAGAAAAAAGCAUUCUUGCAAUUUGGUUCAAAUUACUACUUUUGAAUUUAUUUAAGAUAUAACUUAAAAUAAUGAAAACAUAGCCACUUAUAUGAUGUUAUGAAUACUUAUGAAAAAUAUUGUCAAUUUUACAGAUUGGAUAGCUGAAAGGUCAAACCUUGAACAGAAUGAAAUGGAGAAAAGAAAAAAAAAUGAGUUAGUGAAAUUUUAUAUGCGGGAACUUUUCUAAGUUCCUAACUCAUCUAUUAGAGUGAGCUAAAGUAUUUAUCAUUUCCUGUUUUCAGGUUAAAUAUGUUCAGAAGGUAGACUAUACCAUUUUUUAUAUGCCAUUAGAAAUAGCCAUUUUAUUUCUCUUUCAACUCUGAAGAAUAUUUUGAGGUCAUUUGUCAUAGAUGAAAUAUGAAUCAAAAUACUGAUACACUAUUUUCCUGUAAAUCUGUAAAAUGAAGACUCAUCCCGCUGCAUUCAGCUUUGAAGUCUACUCUUGUUUCAUGCUCUCAGUGAUUUUAAAUUACGAGAGUCGCAAGAGAAAUGGCAGCGGGCAUUAAAAGUAAACAACUGCGCUUGUUUCCAAGUCACAGAGAGCAUCACAGGCUCUGAUAGACCAGUGACUCCUUAAACAUGGAAGUUGGUGCUAGGGUUGCUUGUUCUCGUGCUGUAACAGCCACCUGGCCCACCCCCUUGUGAAGACAUGGCAUCUUUCAACUUACCCAGGGUAAGUAUAGAAAAUACCCAUUCCUGAAUGCUUCUAACACACUUGCGGGUAAAAGUUGAAUUUUGUUUAUUUUUUAGAAACAGACACUUUCCUGAAGUUAUUUACUCUGAAGUCUUAGAACACUGAGCGCAAAUGAAAAUGUUUUAUAACUUCCAAAUGUCGCUUUGAGCAACGGUUCCUGUACUGUUGUACAGAGCAAGAGAUUAUAAAAUGAAACUCACGAAACACUUCUAACAUCCACCUCAUUUAAGAAUAGGUUCCCCAAAGCCUUCCGAAAUGUCCCAGACAACUUUUGUCUUGAGUUCUUACACUUAAAAAUGCCCACCAACACUCCUUCAAGUAAUCGCUAUUUUUAUGUGGAGGAAUAACCGUAAUCGCUGAAAAUCCAUUUGCCACGUACUAAACAGCAGUGCAUCCAUUACAGAGUCCCAUUUGCCGUGUUUCCUUGAGUUUGCCGUAGGUACCACCAAGACUGUUCCUAUAGCAGCAGGAGAGUUCACUUCUUAAAAAAAUAAGCAAGUCGUUUAAAGAAAAGAUCAGCGUUGGUUGUAACACUUGAACUGCAAACCAUUUCACAUCUCUCUGUAUUUGACUCUACCAGCAGCCGCAUGAUGAUUACGCAGAUUUUAGUAUCGAUUUUAUUGUUUUAUGAUCAUUGUUAAUUAUCGUGAUUCUGAUGAGAAAACAAAUGCAGAGCCUUUUGGAACUUCCCAGAGGACUGAGGUCUUGUAACUGUCCCCCAUGUAGGUCUCUAAGCCUUACUGGAAGGAAAAGAAUAGUAUAGCAAGUAUUUUUUUUUCUUUCUUCAGACACUUGUAUUGAUUCUUUGAAUAUCUCCUACAAUGUAUUUUAAUCAUAUUUUCCACUAACUGCUCCCCAUUAGCUCUUCCAAGAUCCUCCACCAAAUCCUUAUCUGCCCUGACUUUCGGUCUUUAUUUUAAAUUUAAUAACCUAGCAAUCAAAAUUUGUGAUGUCUGUAUAACUAUUGGUGCAGGGAUAUCCACUGGAGCAUAGCGAAGAUUUUAAUGUCUGCUGCUACACAGAUGUCUUUAUGGUCAACUCGUGUAUUGCUCUGGUAGAAAACCCAAGUUGUUUCACAGUACCCAAGUCAGGUGCCUCAUAGCUUUCUAUAACUCUGGUCUGAGGGACCCAACACCCUCUGACCUCCAUGGGCACCUGUAUUCACACAAGACACAUAAAAGUCAAGUAAGCACACACACACACCAUAAAUAUUAAACAUUUUCAAGUUCUGUCAUCUCUGCUACUAUUCUUUCAUUUCCUCUUUAUAUGUGUGCAUGACUUCUCUAGUAAUCUAAAGAUUAUAUACGUCUCUUUCUGUGUAGUUCAAUGUAAACGGCACACGUAAAUCUCUUGACAUUAUUGUCACCUCUGUGCACUGUAUAACAGCGUGAACUUUGCCUCAGCCUUCCUUAAACCUAGGCAGGAGUAUUCUAAACUGCUUUCAAUUUGAUCUCUUGCAAAACCCAAUGCUGCAGUGUUACAAAAAUCGUAAAGUAUAUUUCCAACACACUCUGCUUCCUACAAUGCAAAUUUUAUAAAAACCAGUUACAGUGAUGGCUUACAAGCAAUAUAUAAGCAUUGAAACAAAAUUAAUGAUUGAUAUAAAAUAACUAUGAUAAAUAAGCCAUUGUGUUUUAAGCUAAUUAGUAAAAGUGCUUUUUGAAAUAAAUAUUUUAAGCUUCUAUUUUGUGUAUCUCCUUAUCAAAAUAAACUGAAGAAUCUUAUUGGACAACUUACUAAUAGAAUUUGCUUAUUUCACACAAAAAAGGUUUAAAAGAUUUGUGGGUUCAAUAAGAAAAGGGGUGCAUAGAAAUUAAUUUGCAUCUAGCUUUCUAGAGAUUAUAAUAACUUCUUGAAGUUCCCACCAUCAGAUGCUGAUUAGACGUAAGGCAUUAUAUGAUGCAGUAACCAUCACAUGUCCAGUCACCUUGCAUGCAGUUUGCGUGGUACACAGAGUUCUCACAUAGAUUAAUGUGUUCCUGGUAACCCAUUUACAGUUAUCCUCUGUGUUCGGUUAUUGCAUACAUAACCACACAUACACACAGAAGCAUAUUUGCCUGUUUAAAAUUGAUUUGUAAGUCGGUUGUCAGGCUCCAGUGAGCAGCGUUUUGUGCAUGUUUGGUUGGAAGUGCAUGUGGUUUCUGGGGCUUUUAAACAAAUAGAUGAAAUGGUUGAAAGAUUUAUAUUGCCCAUGCUUAGCUAAAUAUGUCAUCUCUAGAAAAGAUGUGAUUUAUUUUGGCACCGUUCUAAAACUCAAAUAUUUUAAACAUUUGUUAAGUUGGAGCUUGCACAUUUGAACUAGUAGCAUACGUUCCAAACCAGCAUCUCGAGUUACCAAAUGUUUUGUAAUCCUUUUACUGAAAUAGCCCUUACUGAAAAGCCUCUCUCUUUCACUGUGUUCUUUAGUAUGAGUUUACAUCUAGAAAGGUUGAAGUGGUUUUCCAUGUAAGUCUUCACAAGCAGAAUUUGACAAUGAUAAAUGUGCAUUUUUAAGAAUCAUUAAAAUGACUUUCUUACUGAGAA